CUUCCGCCGUCCUCUGAAUGUGCUGGAGAAGAGAACUGGGUGGAUAAUCGGACUAUAUAUAUUGGGCAUCGUGAACCCCCUCCAGGCACUGAAGCAUACAUUCCACAAAGGUAUCCAGAUAACAGAAUAGUAUCCUCAAAGUACACUUUUUGGAACUUUGUACCGAAGAAUUUAUUUGAGCAGUUCCGAAGAAUAGCAAACUUUUAUUUUCUUAUCAUUUUUCUUGUACAGUUAAUUAUUGAUACACCAACUAGUCCCGUGACAAGUGGGCUGCCACUUUUCUUUGUCAUCACCGUAACAGCUAUAAAACAGGGCUAUGAAGAUUGGCUUCGUCAUAAAGCUGACAAUGGAAUGAACCAAUGUCCUGUUCAUUUUAUUCGACAUGGCAAACUGGUUAGAAAACAGAGCCACAAACUGAAGGUUGGAGAUAUCGUGAUGGUAAAAGAAGAUGAUACAUUUCCUUGUGACUUAAUACUUUUGUCAAGUAGCCGUGCCGACGGAACAUGUUUUGUUACAACAGCAAGUUUGGAUGGCGAGUCCAGUCAUAAGACAUAUUAUGCAGUUCAAGAUACAAAAUCCUUUCAGAGUGAACAAGAUAUUGACACUUUGCAUGCUACUAUUGAAUGUGAACAACCUCAGCCUGAUCUAUAUAAGUUUGUUGGCCGAAUAAAUGUUUACCAUGACCAAAGUGAGCCUACUGCAAGGCCAUUGGGAUCUGAAAAUCUGCUUCUUAGAGGAGCUACUUUAAAGAACACAGAGAAAAUCUUUGGUGUUGCUAUAUAUACUGGCAUGGAAACCAAAAUGGCAUUGAACUACCAGUCAAAAUCUCAGAAACGAUCUGCUGUAGAAAAAUCCAUGAAUGUAUUUCUCAUAGUAUACCUCUGUAUUCUGAUCAGUAAAGCACUAAUAAAUACCGUCCUGAAGUAUGUUUGGCAAAGUGAAUCCUUUCGUGAUGAGCCGUGGUAUAAUCGGAAAACUGAACUGGAAAGGAAAAGAAAUGUGUUUAUUACAGCAUUUACAGAUUUUCUUGCCUUCAUGGUUCUUUUCAACUACAUCAUUCCUGUGUCCAUGUAUGUCACAGUAGAAAUGCAGAAGUUUCUUGGUUCUUAUUUUCUCACUUGGGAUGAAGAAAUGUUUGAUGAGGAAACAGGUGAAGGCCCACUUGUGAAUACAUCUGACCUCAAUGAAGAGUUAGGGCAGGUUGAAUAUGUCUUCACAGAUAAAACCGGGACAUUAACUGAGAACAAUAUGGAGUUCAUUGAAUGCUGCAUUGAGGGACAUGUUUACGUUCCUCACGUCAUCUGUAAUGGCCAAAUCCUCAAUGAUUGUGCUGGAAUUGAUAUGAUUGAUUCUUCCCCAGGAGGAAGCAGCAAAGAGAGGGAAGAGCUCUUUUUCCGGGCACUGUGUCUUUGUCACACUGUUCAAGUGAAGGAGGAUGACAAUGUGGAUGGAUUAAAGAAAGCUCAGCUCUCAGGAAGAUCUUCAGUGUAUAUAUCCUCGUCCCCUGAUGAAGUUGCUUUAGUUGAAGGGAUUCAGAGACUUGGCUACACAUACUUAAGACUGAAGGACAAUUUUAUGGAAAUCUUAAAUCGAGAAAAUGACAUUGAAAAGUUUGAAUUGCUGGAGGUCCUUAGUUUUGAUUCAGUGAGGAGACGGAUGAGUGUAAUUGUUAAAUCAGCAAAAGGUGAAAUAUUGCUAUUUUGUAAAGGAGCAGAUUCUUCUAUAUUUCCUAGAGUUACAGAAGGCAAAAUAGAACAGAUUCGAUCAAGAGUUGAAAGAAAUGCUGUGGAAGGCCUGCGGACAUUGUGUGUUGCUUAUAAAAAGUUCACCUAUGAAGAAUAUGAGAGUGUGGAGAAGUCUCUGCAGGAGGCAAAGCUGUCUCUGAGGGACCGGGAAAAGAAACUCGCAGAAGCUUAUGAGCGGAUAGAAAAAGAUCUUAUUUUGCUUGGUGCCACUGCGGUGGAAGACCGUCUACAGGAGAAAGCUGCGGAUACCAUUGAAGCCCUACAAAAAGCCGGCAUUAAGGUGUGGGUUUUGACGGGAGACAAAAUGGAGACUGCCGCUGCAGCAUGCUACGCCUGUAAACUGUUCAGAAGAAACACCCACAUUCUUGAGCUGACUACAAAGAAAAUAGAGGAACAGAGUUUGCACGAUGUAUUGUUUGAGUUAAGCAAAACUGUUCUAAGGCACAGCGGCAGCUUAACAAGAGAUACUUUCUCAGGGCUUUCAGCUGAGAUGCAAGAUUAUGGUUUAAUUAUUGAUGGAGCAGCAUUAUCAUUAAUAAUGAAGCCACGGGAAGAUGGGAGCUCUGGUAACUACAGAGAGCUCUUCCUUGAAAUAUGUAGGAACUGCAGUGCAGUUUUAUGCUGCCGUAUGGCUCCUCUGCAGAAAGCACAGAUUGUAAAAUUGAUUAAAUGGUCAAAAGAGCACCCCAUCACAUUAGCGAUUGGUGAUGGAGCAAACGAUGUCAGUAUGAUCUUAGAAGCACAUGUGGGCAUAGGCAUUGUUGGAAAAGAAGGCCGUCAAGCUGCAAGAAAUAGUGACUAUGCAAUACCCAAAUUUAAACAUUUGAAAAAAAUGUUGCUUGUUCAUGGGCAUUUUUAUUAUGUCAGGAUAUCUGAACUUGUGCAAUACUUCUUUUAUAAGAAUGUCUGCUUCAUUUUUCCUCAGUUUUUAUACCAAUUCUUCUGUGGGUUUUCACAGCAGCCUUUGUAUGAUACUGCGUAUCUUACCCUGUACAAUAUCAGCUUCACUUCACUUCCUAUCCUGUUGUACAGUCUAAUGGAACAGCAUGUCAGUUCAGAAACACUCAAGAGAGACCCUUCACUGUACAGGGAUGUUGCCAAGAAUGCCCUGCUGCGCUGGCGUGUAUUUAUUUACUGGACAUUCUUGGGAGUGUUUGAUGCUGUGGUCUUUUUCUUUGGUGCCUAUUUCUUGUUUGACAACGCAACGGUGACCAGCAAUGGACAGAUGUUUGGAAACUGGACGUUUGGGACACUGGUGUUCACUGUACUAGUAUUUACUGUUACCUUGAAGCUUGCACUGGAUACACACCACUGGACAUGGAUCAAUCACUUUGUGAUCUGGGGAUCGCUACUAUUCUACGUUGUGUUUUCCCUCCUCUGGGGAGGGAUUAUAUGGCCUUUUCUCAAUUAUCAGAGGAUGUACUAUGUGUUCAUUCAAAUGCUGUCUAGUGGUCCCGCGUGGCUGGGUAUUAUAAUGCUCAUAACACUGAGCCUUCUUCCAGAUGUGUUGAAGAAAGUUCUUUGCAGGCAUUUAUGGCCCACAGCAACAGAAAGAAUCCAGAAUACAUCAAGCCAUGGUCGGGACCAUUUUUCAGAAUUCACACCUCUUGCCUCUCUAAAGGGUACAAGAUACAGGAGCAAUGACUGCAAGAAUUCCCAAGCAAGAAGGUCUAGUUCUCGUUCUAAAAAAACAAUGUUUACACAUUGGAGAAACUGUGAUUAUUCAAUACUCCCAUCUAUCUUUAGCUAUUCCAAUAAACGUUGCAAUGCUGGUAUGGGGUACUACCAAAGGGGUUCAGAUUUGGAAACAUCUUUGUGACAGAUCACCAACUCAAGCCUUUAAGAACUACAACUAUUCCCCACUUCCUGGAGCCCAGCAAACAACCAUUUAAAUAGCAUUGAUUGAAAUGUUGUUGGGUUUUACUAACUGGUGUAAUAACCUAACAGAUUGGAUCAAGAGCGCCAAGUACUGUCCUUUUUAUGUCUGAAACUGCUGAAACAAUGGAUUUACCUACACAGUCUGGCACUGUGAGAAUCGA